AUGGCACCUGUAAAAGGCUGGAUGGUGGGGCUCCUGCUGGUGCUACUGUGCCCAUCCCAGGCCCCACUUUCUGGUGUAGUGAGUGCCCAGGACGUGGCCAACGCAGAGGAAGAUGUCCACGCCAGAAUUGUAGAGGAGGCCGCAGCAGAAGAGACCGAAAAUGCUGAGGGUGAUGAUGGCGCAGGCGAAGAAGAGGUAGCAGAGGGGGGAGCGGAGGAAGAAUCAGAUGAUGAGGCUGAAAGUGAUGAACAGGAAGUGGAAGAGGAAGACAGGGAGGCUGAGGAGGAAGAAGAGGAGACUACUGAGGAGGAGGAAGAGGAGACUGCUGAGGAGGAGGAGGAGGAGGAGGAUGCUGAGGAGGAGGCAGAAGAAGAAGAGGAGGAGGUAGAGGAGAGUGCUGAUGAGGAAGCGGAGGAGGAGGAAGCUGCCGAGGAAGAUGAGGCUGAGGAGGAGGAGGCGGUAGAGGAAGAAGAAGAGGAAGAGGCCUCUGAGGAUGAGGAAGAGGCAGAAGAAGAAGAAGAAGCUGCUGAUGAGGAAGAGAGUGCUGAUGAGGAAGAGGAGGAGCACGCUGCUGAAGAAGAAGAAGAAGAAGAGGAGGCUGAUGAGGCAGAAGCAACAGAGGAAGAUGUGGAGGAGGAGGAUGCUGAUGAGGAAGCAGAGGCCACAGCUGAAAAUGAGGAGGCAGAGGAGGACGAGGAGACAACUGAGGAGGAAGAAGAGGAGGCCUCUGAAGAGGAUGAUGAGGCAGCUGGAGGAGAGGAGGAAGCUGAUGAAGAGCAGGAGGAUGCCGAGGAAGAGGCAGAAGAUGCUGAUAUAGCUGAAGAUGAGGAAGAUGAAGGUAGCUUCCGCUCUGGCUCUUUAUGUAGUGUUUGCUCCAUCUGUGAGCACUGUUCCACUAACUGUGACAAGUGCCCCUGUGAGGAGGAAGAUGAGUCGGAUCACUGUGAGCACUGCGAAGAAUGCUCAUCCUGCUACCUCUGCCCUAUACUGUGUGACACAAUUUGCACACCAGGCGGUUUUGUUGAUGAGCUGACUGGGACCAUCUUUCAGUAA